AGGCAGCGCGGGGCGGCGGCAGUCUCCGGCUGAGCGCGACGCGGAGCGCGCGUCACUGCUACUGAAACAUGUCCGCGAACGGGUCGGCGGCCACGGAGCCGCGGCUCUGCCACGUGCGGAAGACGCCCGACUUCGACGGCUACGGGUUCAACCUGCACGCCGAGAAGGGCAAGCCCGGCCAGUACAUCGGCAAGGUGGACGAGGGCUCGCCGGCGGAGCGCGCGGGGCUGCGGCGCGGCGACCGCAUCCUCGAGGUGAACGGGCACAGCAUCGCGGGCGAGAGCCACAAGCAGGUGGUGGCGCGCAUCAAGGAGCGGCCCGAGGACGCCGAGCUGCUGGUGGCGGCGCCGGCGCCCGGCGAGCCCGUGCCCGCGCUGGACGCGCCCGCCGACGCGCCCGGCGCGCGCGACAGCCCGCCGCCCGCCGAGCCGCCGCGGCUCAACCUGCACAUGACCGCGGCCGAGAUGCGCGCGCACCUCGCCGCCAAGAAGAAGUUUGACCCCAAGAAAGUGCCGAUGGACCUCAAGUCCAAGUUUGACAUCGUCAAGAAACUGUGAUGUGUGUGUGGAAGGUCGCGUGCCGGUGUUGUGGCGAGCGGCGCGCCGAUGCCGCUCCGCGCGCCGUUGCCAGCUCGCGCUGAGCACAUCAAUUGGAACAAUGACAUCGAUGGUGGCGCAGGCGCAGGUUGCUGUGCACGAUCGCCCGUGUGUUGUACAAUUAAUGUAAAGUUAUCACGUACAUUAUGUAAUAUAAUUUAAAGCGUUUUAUAGAAAUUGCCAUUGAAUUGAAUAAAGUGUUGUUGUAUAUAUAUUUACCUAGCCUAGGUACCUAGCCGCUAUACGUUUUAUAGUACAUAGGAAUGAUACAUUGUGUGUAAUUUAUUUUACGAAUUCAAAUAUUUUUGAUUUUAAUAAUUGAUUAUCUAAAUGUGUAUCUAGAGUUACUUAGGUACUCGAGUGUGAAUAUUGUUUAAUUGUAUUAUCAAUAAAAUGUAUUGCAAAGCAAA